AUGAAACUCCUCGUGCUUGUCGGGUUACUCGUUGUCGGCUCAUGUUUUGCCGAUGAGUUCGACGAUAAUAGAAUUCCAAUCGAGGAUGUGCUAAAUGAUCAUUCUUCUGGGAGAUUCAAGUACGAGUACGUGUCGAUUUGUGUCAAUCAAACUGAUGAAACGCUUCUUACUAUUAUUCACGAUAAAGAGUGCAAAGACGCCAAAUCGCGAGUGGCUCUCGGAAAAUAUUCGAACCAAAAUUUCAUAUGGGGAAUUUUGGAGAUUGAGACGUUUGCCAGCCACUCUUACGAUGUCCAGGCCUACGCUGCCGGCGUUGCCGAAGGGGAACUCACUCGCCUCCAAAUUUACUACCAUUAUCGAAACACAAUUGAAACGAUGUGCAAUAAUCAUACGAUUUUCUGCAAGAAGCUCUACAUUUAUUUGCAAAAGAAUCUCGAUUGGAUGCGUAGUCAAGUUCAAGCUCAUCCGCCGACUGACCCAUAUUGGCGUCACGUCAACUUGACAUUUGCUCAGCUCACUGGAAUUUACGAUGCUUACAUGAAGCGUAAUCUAACACCCGAGAUCGGAUUCGAUCUUCAUCCAAUCUACAUGAUGCAACUCGCCGGUGACAUGUUCGAUUUGAACAAAUUCCUGAAUAAGACGCCAGAUCCGCUCGAAUAUCCAGAUGCGGGACAUUGCUCGGGAUUCAUCAAAUUGGCGCCGGGAAACAAGGAUUUGUUCAUUUCGCACGUUUCGAUGUCGAGUCUCAGUUGGAUGCAGAGAAUUCUCAAGAUCUACAAAUUCGGAUAUGAUGUCAACGAAGUUCCUGGCCAUAUUGUUUCAUUCUCUGGUUAUCCUGGUGCACUCAUCUCAUCUGAUGACUAUACGUUGACUUCUGGAGGCCUUGUCUCCAUUGAAACUACGAUAGCCAUCUUCAACACAACUCUUUACACUUCAAGAUUUAUGAAACCACAAGGCCAAAUCCAUUGUUGGGUUCGAUCAUUCAUCUCGAAUGCUCUUUCCAAAUCUGGAAAACAAUGGGUUGAUAUAUUCGGAAGAUACAAUUCGGGGACCUAUAAUAAUCAGUGGACUGUGCUCGAUUAUAAACAUUUCACUCCGGAAAAAGAUCUUCCUGAUAAGGAUGUCGUUUGGAUUCUCGAGCAAACACCAGGAUAUGUGGAAUCGGCGGAUAUGACGUGGUAUUUGAAGCGAUUCUCUUAUUUCCCAUCAUACAAUAUCCCAUAUUUGACCAAAGUUAGCGAAAUUUCUGGAUUCGAUGAUAAGGCUCGUCAAUUCAAGUGGUACGAAUGGGGAGGUUCGCCAAGAGCACGAAUCUUUGAUCGUGACCAUCAUAAAGUCACUGAUAUGGAUUCCCUCACAAAGCUAAUGAGAUACAAUGACUAUACUCAUGAUGAAUUCGCUAGAUGCAAUUGCACACCAUUGCCAUAUACAGCAGAAGGUGGCAUUUCGGCAAGAGGUGAUUUGAACACACCCGGAGGCACCUAUGAAGUCGAGUCAAUGGGAUUCAGAGAUCACUCGGGAUUAGAUUUCAAGGGAACCAAUUACGAGAUGUUCAAAAAGUUGAGAUUCCGAGCCUGGGGUGGACCAACCUACGACCCGCUUCCUGUUUUUGACUGGAACCAUACCAACAUCACAAACGUCCGACAUUUUGGACAACCCGAUGUUUGGAAUUUCACAUAUGUUGAUCUGGAAUGGCAAUUGGCGACGAUGGUUCAAUUGAAGCCAUAA